UAGCUAUAAAUAAUCUCAUUUUCCUAUUUUAAAACCGCUAAACUCCUAUUUUCGAAUAAAGCUCUCCUCUCUCUUCCUUCCUUCUCUAGAAAUGGAUCCUUACAAGUACCGCCCGUCGAGUGCUUUCAAUUCACCUUUUAUGACCACGAAUUCUGGAGCUCCAGUUUGGAACAACAACAACUCUUUGACUGUUGGAACUAGAGGUCCAAUCCUACUUGAAGAUUACCAUUUGGUGGAGAAACUUGCUAACUUCGAUCGCGAAAGGAUCCCGGAACGUGUUGUCCAUGCCAGAGGUGCCAGUGCCAAGGGCUUUUUCGAGGUCACUCAUGAUAUCACACACCUUACUUGUGCUGAUUUCCUUAGAUCUCCGGGAGUUCAAACACCUGUUAUUGUCCGUUUCUCAACUGUUAUCCAUGAGCGUGGCAGCCCUGAAACUCUUAGGGACCCCCGAGGGUUUGCCGUGAAGUUCUACACAAGAGAGGGAAACUUCGAUAUGGUGGGAAACAACUUCCCUGUCUUCUUUAUUCGGGACGGAAUGAAAUUCCCUGAUAUGGUUCAUGCGUUGAAACCCAACCCAAAGUCCCACAUUCAGGAGAACUGGAGAAUCUUGGACUUCUUUUCUCACCAUCCUGAGAGUCUGCAUAUGUUCACGUUCCUCUUCGAUGAUAUUGGUAUUCCACAAGAUUACAGGCAUAUGGAAGGCUCGGGUGUGAAUACCUACACUCUGAUCAACAAAGCCGGGAAAGUAAAUUAUGUGAAGUUCCAUUGGAAGCCCACUUGUGGAGUGAAGUCUCUGUUGGAGGACGAGGCUGUCAGAGUUGGAGGCACCAAUCACAGCCAUGCGACACAGGAUCUUUAUGACUCGAUUGCAGCAGGCAACUACCCCGAGUGGAAACUUUUCAUUCAGACCAUAGAUCCUGAUAUUGAAGAUAGAUUCGACUUUGACCCAGUUGAUGUUACAAAGACUUGGCCCGAAGACAUCAUUCCCCUGCAACCUGUUGGCCGUUUGGUGUUGAAUAAGAACAUUGACAACUUCUUUGCUGAGAAUGAACAACUUGCUUUCUGCCCUGCUCUGGUUGUCCCUGGGAUCUACUAUUCGGAUGACAAGCUACUCCAAACCCGUAUCUUUUCCUAUUCUGAUACUCAGAGACACCGUCUUGGACCAAACUAUCUGCAGCUCCCAGCAAAUGCUCCCAAGAGUGCCCAUCACAACAACCACCAUGAAGGUUUCAUGAACUUCAUGCAUAGGGACGAGGAGGUGAACUAUUUCCCAUCCAGGUUUGAUCCAACCCGUCAUGCUGAGACGCACCCCAUCCCUCCCGUGGUGUUGACAGCAAAGCGUGACAGGGUCUGCAUUGCGAAGGAGAACAACUUCAAACAACCCGGUGACAGAUACCGUUCCUUCACACCAGAAAGGCAAGAGAGAUUCAUCAAAAGGUGGGUUGACGCCUUGUCUGACCCCCGUCUCACCCACGAAAUCCGAAGCAUCUGGGUUUCGUACUGGAAUCAGGCUGACAAGUCUCUCGGGCAGAAGCUCGCCUCUCAUCUCAACGUGAGGCCAAUGAUGUGAAGGUGAAGAGAAUGGUUCGUGGAACUGUUUGAGGAAGGUUGAAAACUAUAAGAGAUGGUUGUCAUGGAAUAGGUUUUUUUCUGUUAUGUAAUGGAAAUCGAACUCUCUCUUUGUUGUCGUAAACAGACCUUCAACUCUUGUGAUAUUAAUAAAUUAGAACUGUUGGAUUGAA